CCGACACACAUGGAGCUAUAGUGGUGUUUAGGGUCCUGUGUAUAAUAGUGGCGGUAGAAGAAACUGGACCCUUCAGUCCACUGCAGCACGGGGAGUUAGAAGACGAAUCCAUUUAAGUAAUCAUGUCGUGGCUCUUCGGCUGGGGAAAGGGGGCCAGCAAACCCCCGACAGAUGAAGCAGAGUCCCCUGGAGGAGAAGGGGGAUCUUCUGAUAAAUCGUUCGGAGAGAAGCCCAAGGACAAAUGGAGUAACUUCGACCCGACCGGGCUUGAACGAGCCGCAAAAUCUGCGAGGGAACUUGACAGAUCACGCCAUGCGAAAGAGGCGCUUGAUCUGGCUCGCAUGCAGGAGCAAUCGGUACAGCUGGAGCAUCAGAGUAAAGUGAAGGAAUAUGAAGCAGCCUUGGAGCAGCUGAAGGGGGAACAGAUCCGUCUCCAGGCCGAGGAAAGGCGGAAAACACUGACAGAGGAGACCAAGCAAAAUCAAGCGAGGGCACAGUAUCAAGACAAACUUGCCAGACAGAGAUAUGAUGAUCAAGUCAGGCAGCAGCAAGCCCUCAAUGAGGAGAACUUGCGCCAGCAAGAGGAAUCAGUAACAAAGCAGGAGGCUAUGCGAAAAGUCACUAUUGAACAUGAAAUGGCUUUGCGGCACAAGAACGAAUUGCUUCGUGUAGAGGCAGAGUCUGCAGCUCGUGCCAAGGUAGAGCGGGAGAAUGCGGACCUCAUCCGUGAACAGAUCCGCCUUAAAGCAGCCGAACACAGGCAGACGGUCCUGGAGUCCAUCAGGACUGCAGGAGCAGUCUUUGGGGAAGGGUUCCAUGCCUUUGUGUCCGACUGGGAUAAACUCACUGCCACGGUGGCUGGGUUCACACUGCUGGCAGUAGGGGUGUAUUCAGCGCGGAACGCCACCGGGGUGAUUGGGCGCUAUAUAGAGGCUCGUCUGGGAAAGCCUUCGCUGGUUCGAGAGACCUCCAGAAUCACUGUUGCCGAGGCCAUCAAACACCCUGUUAAGACAAUGAAGCGUCUGAGAAGUAGACCACAGGAUGCUCUGGAGGGAGUAGUUCUUAGUCCAUCCCUGGAGGAGCGUGUGCGGGACAUUGCCAUUGCGACUCGUAACACUCGACAGAAUAAGGGGCUCUAUAGAAACAUCCUUAUGUAUGGACCCCCUGGGACUGGCAAGACCCUCUUUGCCAAGAAACUGGCCCUCCAUUCUGGGAUGGAUUACGCCAUCAUGACAGGUGGAGAUGUAGCCCCUAUGGGCCGUGACGGCGUGACGGCCAUGCACAAGGUCUUUGACUGGGCCAGUACAAGCCAGCGCGGCCUCCUGCUUUUUGUAGAUGAAGCAGAUGCAUUCUUACGCAAGAGAUCCACAGAGACAAUCAGUGAGGACCUCAGAUCCACCCUUAACGCAUUCCUUUAUCGCACUGGAGAGCAGAGCAACAAGUUUAUGCUAGUGUUGGCCAGUAACCAGCCUGAGCAGUUUGACUGGGCCAUCAACGACCGUAUUGAUGAGAUUGUAAACUUUGCCUUGCCUGGGCUGGAGGAGAGGGAGAGACUGGUGCGCCUGUACUUUGACAGAUUUGUACUGGAGCCUGCCACAUUAGGGAGACAGAGAAUGAAGUUGGCCCAGUUUGACUAUGGCCAGAAGUGUUCGAACAUUGCAAUUCGUGCAGAGGGCAUGUCGGGCCGUGAGAUCUCUAAACUGGGUGUGGCCUGGCAGGCUGCUGCAUAUUCCUCAGAAGAUGGCGUCUUGACAGAAGCUAUGAUCGAUGCACGUGUUGACGACGCUGUCCAUCAACAUGCGCAAAAAAUGGACUGGCUCCACAUGGAAAGGGGCGCGGAAAGUGCGGGUAAGCACGGAGUGGUGGUGCCAAAGGAGGCGGAAGCAGCGAGUGUAAUAGGAUUCACACUGGUGCAAGAGGCUGUAACACAGGCCCUGGAUUCAGUCCCCACCAUCCAAGUGGUGCUCCCUGUCAUGGAGGCCAUCAUCUCGAACGCUCAGGCCGCAGCGGAAGCUGAGCCAGUGAAGGUUAACGAGGCAGCUGCCAUUAUUGAGGAGGCAGUUACCCUAGUUAACGAGGCAGAGGGUGUUACCCCCAUUGUCACUGAGACUGUUGCAGCAUUUCCAGCACUCAAGGAGGCAGAAGUGGUGGAAUCCUGUGGAAACUGCUACUGCUCUACCAUUGGUACAGGAGGUAGAAAUAAUCAAGGAUGUGCCCGAAAAGGCUACAGCAUCUCUUGUUCCAGAGACUGUAGCAGUGCCUAAGGUAGAGGUCUAUGUGACAGCAGAGGUGUCUGUACCCAAGGACACAGAAGCAGAGGUACUUGUAGACACAGCCCCUAUCAUUAAAGAAGAACCAGAGUCGGAGGCCACAGCAGUUCCUGUUGCCCAGGAGACAGAGGCCGCAGCCACCCCCGUUGUCGCGGGGGCUGCGGCCACCCCCGUUGUCGCGGAGGCCUCUGAUUCUGAAACUAAGACCACAGCAAUCUCUGUUGCCCAGGAAACUGAGACCCAUGUAACCAAGGAGACAGAGGCCACAGUAACCCCUGUAGCCCAGAACACAGAGGCCACUACAGCAAAGGUUGACACAGAAACUGCAGCUGAGGUCCCUGCAACGGUUGUGGCCAAGGAAUCUGAGGCGACUGAAACUACAGUUGCCAAGGAAGCAGUGGACCCUGAAAUCCCUGUCACCCACGAGGCAGAUGCUAGUAAAGUUAAAACACCUCAAGCAAAGGACCAGGAAGGUUGACGACUUAACCAAACCAAAAGACCCUCCUAAAAAUGUUGAAUAAAUGGUGAUGCUACUGAAACACUUUGGUAGGGAGCAAGUAGGUUAAAUAUUUUGAAGCAAAAAUAUGUACUGUAUUGAAUAAUGGGUAUUUUGUCAUGAUUAAAUGGCUAUUGAUCA